GAAAGAUAAUUAAGUUUUGAUAUGUCAAAAGAAUUCAUUACUACAACAAGGUAGGGUAAUCUUAUUCUACCUGCUGCAGAAUUAGGUAGAAUUACUCAACAGAUUAACUCUUUAAUUAAAGGUAGAACUAUUUGAACAGACGAGAAAUCAGUGGGGAAUCUAGGCUUGACAAAGACUGCAGUGAAAGAUGAUCUAAGCAUUGUCCCCUAGAACACCAAGCAUCAGCUGGAGGGGACAGUGAAAAUAGAUAUGAUAAAUCAUAGUUAUCUCAUCUGACCUUCACCUCCUUUUUGAUCUCGUUUUUAUUCCUUGCCUCUCUGUCUAAGCCCUUUAAGAGUCCUUUUGGCUAGUAUCUCCAUAAAGCAUCUUUGUAUAUCCCCAAAAUUUCAAGCUAGCUCUUCAGUGAAAAUUGUUGGAGAAGAAAAGAGCAAAAAGCAAUCUGCUCAAUUAUAAUAGCGAUCAGGAAUGAGAAGUGCUGAAGAUGGCAAUCAGGGCACUUCAGUGCUUGAUCAAGGAGAAUGGUUGAAUUUGAGCUUAGGAAGAAACUUGCCUUCAAUAUCUAAAGAAUCUGAGUCACAUACACCAACUUCUGGCAAGGUUUUUUCAUGUAACUUCUGCAAGCGGAAGUUCUACAGUUCACAGGCGCUAGGAGGCCACCAGAAUGCUCACAAGAGGGAAAGAGGCGCAGUAAGACAUUAUCAAUCCCAGAGAAUGAUGACAAUGAUGGCUUUGCCAAUCAAUAACCCCAUGUUCAGAUCACUUGGUAUGAUUCCCCACUCACAUGUGCAUAAGUCCGGCAGAGAUGCAAGUGCAACUGUGACUACGUUCAGCGAGGCUAGUGCAGGAUAUCAAAGGACAUCGCAUACCAAUCAAAUGGAUAGAUCAUGUGAUCUGAAGUGGCCAGGAAGUUUUCAACUAAAUCAGCAGCAAACAAAAGAGCAUGCCUCAAAUCCCACUAAGCUUGACCUGAAUCUAAAGCUAUAAUCAUUCUCCUCAUUAUACAGUCAACCCAACCCCAAAUAGUUAAGAAUUGAGGCAUAGCAGUUAUUGUUGUUGUUACCGGACCCACAUGAAACUCUUUAUUUGCCAAUCUGUUACAGCUUCAGUAAAUGUACUAAUUUGAUAAACUAUAGGCAAUAAUUAAGAGCAAAAGAAUCCUACAGCAGUACAGCUCCCUAACAUCAAAUUCCAGACCCUAGUGUAAGGAUCAACAUCAAGAAUUUCAAGUGUUUCUCAUGCCCAGAUAUGAAACCGAAAGUGUAAUAUGUAUUUUAGUGCUUUUGUUGCACCUGGAACAACAGAACACCAUACUCUCCAUCAAAUAUAUAGCAGAA